GACGAGUUCGAUCGAGGUUGAACUUAACGCACGAUAGUCGAACCCCGUGCGUGUCGUUGCGUUGCGUUGAAGUUUUUUGUGGUUGGCUUGUGUGUUUUUUUUGCUGCAUGGUCUGUUUUAGUUCAGCAGCCUGUGUACAUUGGGAUAUUCUUCGGUUUGGUGGUUUCGUUCAAGCGAAGCCCAAUAAAUCCAGAGGCGGUUUCUUCAGGAGGUUCUACGCGUAUGUGUCUUUUUUUAUUUUGUGGAGUUGAAGUUGUGGUGGUUUGGAAACGGCCAAGACUGCGCCGGAGUGAAGAAGACGUAAGCAGAUCGUACUUACCUGUUCUUUCAUGUGUCUAUCCGGGAAACCUGUCCGUACCUGGGGCUAGAUUUCUCGUUGAGGUGUGCGUGCCCAGCUAAAGUGGGUUUCUUCUUGCGGUCCAAGAGUGGAGUUUUAUGUUUUCUGUUAUAGUGUUGUUCGAUUUCCGUCGCCAGUACACAUGUAAUUAUUUAUCUCGACGGCCCCUAGAGAGCGAAUUGAUUGUGGGUUUCCUCGAGAGGUCUCUUGAGUGGAGGAAAUGGAUGAUUGUUGAUCUAGGAUUUUUCUGAAUGUUGUGCCCAAUGACAUCAUGUGCAGUGGGAUGCUCUGUGAUUGCCGAGGCCAUCGGGAUGGAUCGGCUAGAUUAAAAACCUAUUAGGGUGCAUCAACUUUGAACUCCUUCAUUGGAUUGCAUCAGAGAGGGGAAAGUGUUAGGGGAUGUGUUACGAAGAAGCGCUCCAAAAGGUGUAAACGACAAGAAUCAACAAGUGACCCCUUGUGAGUGUUUUUUUUUCUACUUGACUCGCGUAUGAACGCGCUAAGCAUCAAAGAAGAGCGUACGGUGGUCGACCAGAAGAGGCAAAUACAGAGAGUGUGGCGAAGAGAACCCACGAAAGCCCCCGAGCGAAUGCUGCCUGAUUUGAAUGAAGUGUAAAGCGAAAACCUGAUUUUCAUUCAUAAAGAGUUUUCGGAUCGCGACGAGAAUUGCGAGAUUUCGGUCCGGCAACAACACCAACGUGCACUAAACACCGAAAGCACCUCCCCCCUCGUGGGUCUUUUCGACUGACCCUCCCAGGUCAGCUUCACCGAAUGAUACGCGGCAACCUUUCGAUGUUGAACCGAGAGUGCUUUUUAUGUUACUUCCAUUAUUCAAUGUAUUUAGAGCUCACGGCUAAUUAGUAAUUCAAUUGCGGCGUUUGGAACAAACGAACUAGGAAAAUACCCAAAACAACCCGUUAAAAAGCAAGCACAGUUCGGUGGCAACCGGAGGAGAAGCAAAAGAAGUCUUUCGCAAAGUAAUUAAUUCAUGACCGUCAAGAAAAACCACAGCAAACAAGCUAAGCAAAGAAGAACGGAAUAACUCAGUCAACCCAGAAGCAGAUAACAAAAACCUUAAAACGAUAACAUUUUAUACCUCAGUUGUUUUUGACCGAAUUCUUCAAGAGUUCAACCAGUGAAUCCGAAUUUUUUGGUACCCUCGAAAUCACAACUCAAACAAAAGCUAUCAGAGAAUUGAUUCGCUGAAUAAAAAUCGCCUAGUUCAGUUAAAAACAGAAACAAAUUGUCUCAAGAACUGUUCAAAAAUGUUUUUACAACAAAUGGUUCACUCUGAAGUACGAUUGUGAAAUUAAAGGGUAAUGUUGUUGCGGUUUUGGGUUCGAAACAAGUGUAAAUUUUCUGGUGACGAUGUGUUUGUGUGAAUGAGCAUCAGAUAAGUGAUACGACAACGACGGUGAAUAGAUAAGAAUUUACGCCACCAUUGCUGGAUAACUUUCCGAGGAGAAGAGUUGAAGAAAAAAAAACCCGGUAAAUAAACUGCAACAACGACGCGAUAAUGGGACACGGAGGAGGACGGAGCAAGAUGAGGGCAGAACGCUGGAAGACACUGCCAUUGUUGACAGUGCUGGUGCUGAUGCAACUGAUAGGCUCCGGCCAGUGCUAUCUGAAGGACUACAUUCACAAGCAGGAGGAUAACGAUAUGAGAGUUUGCAUCGGAACGAAUGGCCGCAUGUCGGUUCCCUCGAAUCGAGAAUACCACUACAAGAAUCUGCGGGACCGUUACAUCAACUGUACGUACGUGGACGGAAACCUGGAGAUUACCUGGAUUCAGAACACCUCCUACGACCUAAGUUUUCUGCAGCACAUCCGCGAAGUCACCGGUUACGUGCUGAUUAGUCAUGUAGACAUCCCGCAGAUGAUUCUACCCAGGUUGCAGAUUAUUAGGGGUCGAACUACCUUCAAGCUGAACAAAUGGGAAGACGAGUUCGGUUUGUUUGUGUCGUUCUCUCAGACCAACACCCUGGAACUACCAGCUCUAAGGGAUAUUCUGCGAGGUUCGGCUGGGAUCUUCAACAAUUACAACCUGUGCCACGUGAAAACUAUCGACUGGGAGGAAGUUCUAUCCGAUCCCCAGGCGCACUACCGGUACACCUAUAACUUCACUUCGCCGGAACGGGACUGCCCACCUUGUCAUAGUACCUGCGAAGCCGGCUGUUGGGGCGAGGGAGCUCACAACUGUCAGAAGUUCAGCAAACAGAACUGCUCGCCCCAGUGUUCCCAGGGUCGCUGCUUUGGGCCGAAACCACGGGACUGCUGCCAUCUGUUCUGUGCCGGCGGCUGUACCGGACCCACCCAAAAAGACUGCUUAGCCUGUAAGAAUUUCUACGACGAUGGCGUCUGCAAGCAGGAGUGCCCACCGAUGCAAAGGUACAAUCCAACCAACUAUCUGUGGGAGCCCAAUCCAGAGGGCAAAUACGCCUACGGAGCGACCUGUGUACGCAACUGCCCCGGACAUCUGCUCAAGGAUAGUGGAGCGUGUGUACGGACUUGUCCCCCUAACAAAAUGGCCGAAAACGGAGAGUGUGUUCCCUGCAAUGGAGCCUGUCCGAAAACGUGCAAAGGCGAAGGAAUCGUCCACUCCGGUAACAUCGACAACUACAAGGACUGCACCAUCAUCGAAGGAUCGCUGGAGAUUUUGGAGCAAACCUUCGACGGUUACCAGCAGGUGUUCUCAAACUUUUCCUUUGGUCCCCGGUACAUCAAAAUCCACCCGGAUCGGUUCGAGGUAUUCUCAACGUUGAAAGAGAUCAGUGGAUACCUCAACAUCGAAGGAGAUCAUCCGGAUUUCAAAAAUCUGUCCUACUUCCGAAAUCUGGAAGUAGUCGGAGGCCGUCAGCUGAAGGAAAACCUCUUUGCUUCCGUUUACAUUGUGAAGACUUCUCUCCGUUCUUUGGAACUGAAAUCGUUGAAACGGGUCAACUCCGGAGCCAUUGUCAUUCUGGAAAAUCGUAACCUGUGCUACGCCCAGGAAAUUGACUGGUCCCGGAUUAAGAAAUCGACUGAUCAUGAAACCGUCAUUAUGACAAACCGGAACAUCACUGCUUGCCAUGCCGAUGGAAUGUUGUGCGACGAACAGUGCACCAAGGCCGGCUGCUGGGGCAAGGGACCGGAGCAGUGUUUGGAGUGCAAAAACUUUGUCUACAAGGGCAAAUGUUUGGACAGCUGCAAGAGUUUACCAAAGAUCUAUCAAAUCAACUCCAAAACGUGCGGAGACUGCCACCCGGAAUGUCUGGAUUCCUGCUACGGACCGAACGCUGAUAACUGCGGUUCCUGUGUCAACGUUAAGGAUGGGAAGUUCUGCGUCUCGGAGUGCCCAAUCACCAAAUACAACCUUAACGGAACCUGUGUGUUCUGUCACAAAACGUGCAACGGUUGCUACGGACCUCGUGACACGAUUGCCUCGGACGGCUGCAUUUCCUGUGAUCGCGCUAUUCUCCGGAGUGACGGAACUGUCGAACGCUGCCUAUUGAAGGAUGAAGCCUGCCCAGAUGGCUACUACAGCGAACGCGUUGAACAGGACGAAGGAGCGCUGCGGCAGCUGUCCGGCAAAUCGGUCUGCCGGAAGUGUCACCCGCGGUGCAAAAAGUGCACCCAGUACGGAUUCCACGAGCAAGUCUGUCAGGAGUGUACCAAAUUCAAGCGAGGCGAACACUGCGAGGAUGAAUGUCCGGUUGAGUUUUUCGUCAACGAAACUAGCCGAGAGUGUUUGCCGUGUCACUCGGAGUGCCGCGGAUGUCGUGGUCCUGGCGAGGAUCAGUGCCUGGAAUGCCGCAAUCUGAAGCUGUUCGAUGGAGAUGUCGUGGAUAACUCUACAUCGUUCAACUGCACCGUUGCCUGUCCUCCGUCGCAUCCGUACAAGAAUUUCCCUUCGGAAACGAGUCAAUUUGGACCGUACUGUACGGCGCAUCAGGUUCAUAGUGGGUUCCACUUGGAAGCCUCAACUACGCCGUUGGUGUUGGUUGUUGCGUUGGCUUUGGCAGUGUUCUUUGCAGUUAUGCUCGGAGGAAUUUAUCUGUACUGCAAACAGAAGAACAAGAAAGAGGCUGUUAAGAUGACGAUGGCAUUGGCAGGAUGUGAGGAUUCGGAACCGUUGAGACCAACGAAUGUGGGACCGAAUCUAACCAAGCUGAGGAUCAUUAAGGAGGCGGAAAUUCGUCGUGGAGGUAUAUUGGGAAUGGGUGCAUUUGGAAGAGUGUUCAAGGGUGUUUGGAUGCCGGAAAAUGAAAGCGUUAAGAUUCCGGUUGCGAUCAAGGUGCUGAUGGAGAUGUCUGGAGCAGAAUCUAGUAAGGAAUUCUUAGAGGAGGCGUAUAUUAUGGCCUCGGUUGAACAUCCUAAUCUGUUGAAGCUUCUGGCAGUGUGUAUGACCUCGCAGAUGAUGUUGAUAACUCAGCUGAUGCCUUUGGGCUGCCUUCUGGAUUACGUCCGCAAUAAUAAGGACAAAAUUGGAUCCAAGGCAUUGCUGAACUGGUCAACGCAGAUUGCUAGAGGAAUGUCGUAUCUGGAAGAACGCCGUUUGGUCCACCGAGAUCUGGCUGCCCGUAAUGUCUUGGUUCAAACUCCGUCCUGCGUUAAGAUUACAGAUUUUGGAUUGGCCAAGCUGCUGGACUAUGGAGCAGAUGAAUAUCGUGCAGCCGGUGGAAAGAUGCCAAUCAAAUGGCUAGCGCUAGAGUGUAUCCGCCAUCGAGUGUUUACUAGCAAGAGUGAUGUUUGGGCGUUUGGUGUUACCAUUUGGGAACUGUUGACCUACGGAGCGAGACCGUACGAGAACGUCCCUGCCAAAGAUGUACCAGAGCUGAUCGAAAUCGGUCACAAACUUCCUCAGCCAGACAUAUGUUCCUUAGAUAUCUAUUGUAUACUGUUAUCCUGCUGGGUUUUGGAUGCUGAUGCCAGACCAACGUUCAAGACUCUGGCAGAAACCUUCGCGGAAAAGGCACGGGAUCCGGGCCGUUAUCUGAUGAUUCCGGGAGACAAAUUUAUGAGACUGCCAUCUUACACUAAUCAGGACGAGAAAGACUUAAUCCGCACCCUUGCUCCAGCUGCGGAAGCUCCCGGAACAAUCGUUGAGGCUGAGGAGUAUCUGCAACCCAAAACUAGGCCCGCUUUAAUGGUGCCGACGCCUUUAGGUCAACAAAACGACGUAAUGCAAAAGUCCCUCAGGUACGACAAGAACCACCUCAAAACCGACGACCAAACGGAUAGCAACACCCGCGAGGUCGGAGUCGGUGGCAUUCGACUGAAUUUGCCACUGGACGAAGACGAUUACCUUAUGCCAACUUGCCAAAGCCAAGCACCUUCCGUUCCCGGUUACAUGGAUUUGAUCGGUGUUCCAGCUAGUGUUGACAAUCCAGAGUACCUGAUGGGAUCGGCCGGAAGUAAUGUCAGCACCGGACUUCCAACUCCGCCACCGGGUGCUCCAAGUGUCUGCAGUAUCACGAAUAGCAUCCCAAACAGUCCUGUAAAUAGCAUACCUCCUACAAUGCUCAGCGCCGUCGUAGGCCCUAGCGCCAAUCCUACUAAUCCCACCACCGUUAAUAACAACAACAGUCCAAAUGCCAACAAUGCCAAUGCUCCCAACGGAGAAACCUUCCAGAUGCAGCACUCUAAACUGAACGAACCACAAGCAGCUCCUCCAACCCAAACGCUGGGAAUUCCGCUCUCGCCGACGGAAACGGAAAACACUUCCGAGCAUGAGUACUACAACGAUUUACAACGAGAACUGAUCCCACUGCACCGCAACGAAACAACGGUGUAGAGGCAACCGGAAGUAACUUGACAUCCAAUUGUACAGAACUGAUCUUCCAUUUUAUUUAGUUUUACAAAACAAACCAUAGGGAAAAAAUAUUAGGAGAUUUUCAAAUGCAUCGAACGAUAGCAAUUUUAAAGCAUAAACAGACAGAAAGUUCAAAUUGUUCUUAUCAUAAGUGCCUUCAACAUACAUUUACACAUUCGAUAGGGAUACUAGGUGAUAGUGGAUAUUGGAGAUCAAAUCAAGCGUGCCUUUAUCAAAAAGUGACUGUCUGACUGUAAUUCCAUACUGGAAUUUGCGCCAGUACAGGCCGUCACUUUCCAAAUUGUACAUACAAACUUAGCGUCUAGUGGAACGUGAACGUAUUUAAACUGAUAUAGCUAGUGCUGGUAAUAGCUAGUACUUACUUAGGUAGGUCUGUAAGAAAGCAAACAAAAAGAGUGUGAGACAAGUACAAAGAACCAACUUUUGGCCCUCUUUGGAAACCUCAUGAAUGGCACGGCCCGAUACUGUCGUCAACCCCCAUCGGGAACUCAAAAUGUACAAGAUUGGUCAUUUAAGAAUCGGCAAAAUCGAUCGGAAAAACAAACAACAACAAAAUAUUGCGUAUUUCAUUAAAUUACCUGUGAUAUUAUUUUUAAUCGAAUGUCAAAUUUUAUACUCUUAAGUUUUCUUCCAAGACUACGAUUCGAAUAACAAAAAGCAAUAGCAGCUAGCAGAUAGAAACGAGAUUUUGAUUUCAAAAGGGGAAAACAAUUUAGUUUUCUUCCCCCUUUUAAACGUAAUAUUCAUUCGGAGGUUACUAAUGCAAAUGCACAACAAUCAACUCUAAUUUUUAAAUUCGGAAACAAUUACUUCUCAAUCAAACAAACUAAACUCCUCUCAAACAGCAGAACGCAUUUUGACGUGCGAAACAUUCAACCUUAUCCUCAAAAUCCUCAAACCUUAAUAGCGAAUAUAGAUUAACCUACUUUUGUGUCUAACUUCAGGCCGCGUACUAUGCUUAUGAUGACCUUAGAGCAGCAUACUUUGUACAUAAUCGAAUGCAUCAAAUUGUACAUACAGCCUGUAAUAAUCUACUUAAAACAAAAAUUUACGAUUUCAGUUGUUCGUUAAACACAAGAGCAAACCCCCGCUAUCUGAAAUCGUUCAUUUUACUACUGGUUUAGAAACUUGUGUUCGGGUUUAAGUUUCACAAUGUAUAAAGGAAAAAAACGAAAAAAAAACUUCAAAUCAUAAAAUUGUGCCAUGUUUCGUGCAUGAAUAUAAAUCGAAUUUUAUAUUUUAAACAAUGAAACUGAAAAACAAAAACAAACGAAAACACAUGUGUUUAUGGAAGUGGAAUGUGUAUCGAAUCUUGUAGAUGACCUAAGUGUGGUUGUAAUUAGUGUCUAUAAACUAUUUCAGAGUAGUAGAGACAAUGAAAAAAAAACUUAACUAAAGGAAUGGCUAUACGAAAAUAACUUGAAAGAAAAACAAAAAAAAAACAAAAUUAAGAAACAAACAAUGAACAUACAGAUAGAAUAGAAGAUGUGAAGGCAUGUCGCGUUUAAGUCUAGUUAAAGCAUGUAUGGAAGAAAACUUGUUGAACAUUUUAAGUUAUAUACUUAUGUAUUUUAUAAUUCAAAUAAAGAAAAAUAUUCUAAUA